UACCCGACCCGGUAGGCGUCGUGCACCUUUGAUACGGUUAACCUGCAAGGCUGCAACCUUGGUGGCUGUUCGUGGCGUUCUACUUCCAGAAGCUCAUUAACACAAACCCUAAUUCCAUCCUGUACAAUCAAAGAAUGAAUAGUGAGACUAGGAUGUAAAUGGCAGCAAUAAGGCGUAUACUUGUCUCUUCUUUAUCUCGUUCUUCAUCAAAUUACACCAGCGAACUAGUGUAUAAUACCAACCACAAGUGGAUCUCCACAACCAUCCACCUCAAUCAGUCAUGGAUGAAUAAGAUCAAAGGUGCCUUCACGGGGAAAAAACCCACUUCACCAGCUAACGAAGACGUCACGUCGCAAUCAUUCACUCUCUUUAGGUUUGCGGAUGAGCUGAAAAAUGCACGGAAGUUGGGUACUUUCAAACAAUACAUGGUUGGUCGAAGCAGUCAAGCCACAUUUGCAGAUGCAUUCGAGAAGCAAGAGGCUAUAAUUCGAUUUCUUGGGGGAUUUGAUCCCAGUGGAGAGAAUAUCCAACCUAGUCAAAAGCAAGAAGCAGCAAAAUGUUGUAAUUGCACUAUAGCUGAUGUGGAAAAUACUUUGGCUAAAUUCACUUGGGCUAAAGAAGCUCAGAGGAAAAUUGAGAAGAUGAAGGAAGAAGGAAAGCCAAUGCCAAAGAGUUUAGCUGAGGUCCAACAGCUAAUGGGAUCAACACCAAUGGAUCUUGCCCAAUCAAACAUGGCUAAGAGUGGACAAAUAAGUAGAAAUGCACUGUGCCCUUGUGGAUCUAAAAAGAGAUACAAACGGUGUUGUGGAGCUGAAGGGAGCACAACAACCAAGAAUUAAAUAUUAAGUUGAUCAGCGAUAAGUGCGUAUGGAUGUUUAGUUUAUUUUGUAGUGUUUUCCCUUCCCACUUCGGGAGUAUUGUAGCUUCUGAAAUAAUUUCGAUGUGUGGGGUGCACCACUAAUUAUUUCACCCCAUAAAUUUUGAAAAUAAAACAUUUUUUUUUCCCCAUGUUGCUAUGUAUGUUCGAUGAUUCAUAUAUUCUAUAUGGUUAUAUAGGAGCAAA